AUGGAAGACAUAGAAGGGCGAAGCGUAGCGGUGCAAGCUCUUACUGUUUACAAGGAAGAUUCUGAGGAGCACCCGAAUCAGUUAUACGAUAAAGGCGCAGCAAGAGUUUUGCGCAUGUCGCUCAAGUCUGACUUAAAGCAGGAAGCCGCUAAACGGGAUGAUUCUCAAAUUCAGUAUAUUUAUUGGACACGCGGGAAACCUUUACUUGAGGAAGAAAAACUUAAGAAAUCAGAACAAGAAAUCGAAAAAAGUUAG